AUGGCUUUCAGACUCUUGACAGCCGUGGCGGUUUGCGCUUCCAUGGUUACUGCGAGCCCCCAACCUAUCUCCGCAUCUCCUUGUGCUGGAAAUACUGCAGACGACCGCUCUGUUUGGUGUGACUAUAGCAUUGACACAAACUACUACGAUGUCGUGCCGGACACUGGUGUGACUCGCGAAUACUGGUUCGAGCUACAGAAUAUCACCGCAUCCCCAGACGGCGUCGCCCGCGAUAUUCUGACAGUGAAUGGCUCUCUCCCUGGCCCGACGAUCGAGGCUGACUGGGGCGAUGAGGUGAUCGUUCACGUCACCAACAGCCUCAGUACGAACGGGACGACCAUCCACUUCCACGGCAUUCGACAGAACUACACCAACCCUUCUGAUGGCGUCUCCUCCAUUACCCAGUGCCCCACUGCUCCAGGCGACACCGUCACGUACAAGUGGCGGGCGACACAAUAUGGCAGCAGCUGGUACCACUCGCACUUUGCCCUUCAGGCCUACGAAGGCGUCUUUGGCGGCAUUCUCAUCCAUGGCCCGGCCACUGCCAACUACGACUACGACCUCGGCAACCUGUUCAUGCUCGACUGGUCGCACCAGACGAUUGACCAGCUUGCCAACUAUGGUAAUACCGUAGGCCCGCCGACCAUGGACAACGGUCUCAUCAACGGCACCAAUACCUACACGAGUGACAACACCACGGUCGGAUCCCGCUGGGAGACGACUUUUGAAGCGGGCUCCUCAUACCUCCUUCGCCUUGUCAAUGUUGCGGUUGACACCAUGUUUGACUUCUCCAUCGACAACCACACUCUCGAGGUGAUUGCCAUAGACUUUGUCCCCAUUGUCCCCUACACGACUACAAGCUUGGCCAUCGGCAUGGCUCAACGCUACGAUGUGAUUGUUAAGGCCGACCAAGCCGACGUCGCGAGUGAUUUUUGGCUGCGGGCGUACCCAGAUGCAUUCUGCAGUGACAACGCGAACCCUGACAACAUCAAGGGUAUAAUCCACUACGGCAGCAGUGCCAGCACACCCACGACGACGGGUUACGCGAUCGAUUCCAACGACUGCGAGGACGAGCCACUGGAGAGCCUCGUGCCCUACCUCUCCCUCGACGCCGCGACGAGCUACGAAGUCUCCGAGCAACUCAACACUUCCGUCACAACCACCACAGCCGGCUGGAUCAGGUGGGCGAUCGGGGCUGACUCAUUCCAGGUCUACUGGGACGAUCCCACGAUCCUGCAGAUCUUUGACAACGUGACGGACUUCUCCAACACCUCCGUGGCCAUCGACAUCCCGACCCCAGACCAGUGGACCUACCUGCUCGUCGAAAACACCAACGCCGUGACGCACCCUCUCCACCUUCACGGCCAUGACUUUUAUAUCCUCGGCUCCGGUGACAGUGCCUACACCGACAACGUCACCAUGAACCACUCCAAUCCUCCUCGUCGUGAUGUCGCCAUGCUUCCUGCCGACGGCUGGCUCGCCAUUGCGUUUCCCGCCGACAACCCAGGUAUCUGGCUCACACACUGUCACAUUGCGUGGCACACAGACCAAGGCUUUGCCCUGCAGUGGAUCGAGCGGAGGGACGAGAUCAAGGCUCUGUAUGAUGAGACCGAUGUUCGCGAAGCCUGCGCCGCUUGGGAUGCCUGGGACAAGGUAUCAGGCGAAUUGGAGGAUGACGAUGAUGAUGGAAUCUAG